AGUCAGGAGUGAUAAAUGGUAACAACUCAUUGUUUUGGACUAAACAGAUGAGGAGGGGACAGGAGAUGGUGAAUAACCUCUACGCACACUGGUAAGAAACAGAUGCCGUGUCCUUGCUGAGACUUCUUUGAAAAGCAAAGGAGAAAGAGGAGCGAGGCCAUAGUCUCGAGCCUUUUUUCUUUUUUGUACUUUAAUAACCCAGGUUUCACAAACUUUUCCCAUCAUUAGAUUUAAGGAAAUAAACAUCAGAUAGAUGUAGGAGUGCAGUGGUGUGUGUGUUUCCACUUUUCCCGAGAGCACCUUUAAUGUAACACGUUAGAAGCUUAAGCACUUCAGAGGGUGAUGGCUGUGAUUGGGCUGUUUGUUUGAAGCAGCUCCACAGCGCAGCCAGUGGCCGAUAUUCAGCAGUGCAUCAGCUGCAGAUCACUCCGCUGCUCACCUGCAGGAGGAGCAGAUCACACCCGCCGCUCCUGUGCAACAUGACACACGGACAAAGCGCCCAAACGGCCAGAGUCAUGUGUCCGAUGUAAGCCAUUUGUCUGAUCAACAGCUUCUCUGAGCUCUCCUGAGACAUGGUGCUACCUGAAAAAAACUCCAGUUCAUCUGCUCCCAAGAAGACCCCCGAGCAGCAUGCUCCGAGGCACCAGAGCAUGCCCUCUCCAGCCCUGUGCUGCGCCUGUGGGCUGUGCAUCAUGCUGGCUGGCAUCAACAUCACCCUGGUGGGAGCUUUUGCGUUUGGUACCUUUAUCCCUACAAGCAAUCCUCCCAUCUUCAUUGGGCCUCUUCUUUUACUCAUAGCGCUGGCUUUCUUUACAGCCUGCUGUGUCAUCAGCAGGAGACCUCAAGCCCACACUGCCCAUAAGGCCAAAGGAGGUGAGAAAUGGGCGCUGAUGAGGAUGGGGGCAGUUGCUUUUGAGAUGGAGACGAGCGAGCACACGCUUCAGGACACGACAGCUGUCCAGCUCAGCCCCACCAACUCCCCUAGCUCAUCUCACAAAUCCAGCUCCAUCCAAGGGGAAGCCACUGCCCUGCCUUCCUGUCAGGAUGAAGCCACUGAGCAGCACACAUCAGGGACCUGUGGCACUGGUGUUACUGGAGAUAAACCCACUCUGAGCUCUGACUGCCGGGAGAGCACUUCCACAUAGAUCAGAUCACUACAUAGCGUGGACUUUGUUCUGUUUACACUGUCUGGCGUGACUGCAAGAAUUAAUUGCUACUAUAAGUUAUAAACUAAGUCGUACUUUAUUUAUGCCAAAGUUGGUAAACUCAAAUAACACAUGACUUAAGUAACUAGAAUGACGGCGUGGUAAUAUGAUACAAGAGCGAAAAGGCCUGCAGACUCAGCCUGUGAGCGUAAAUGUAUUGUGCAAACUCCCUGAUAAUUAUUCCGUGUGUUUCAGGAAGUUGUACUUUUACUGCCCUGUCCCAGGAUGUACAUUAUCUUUCCAGGAAAUGAAACAGGGAAGGAGAUGAUACCGUAAUCCAAGUGCCUGUUUUAUGUAGUUCUUGUUGUAGAACACAUCUAGUGAUUGUGUAUUCAUUGUGUAUUCGUUUCCUAUGGAUUGACUUUGGUUAGUGUUUGCCACCUUUGUGAAGGAGGAUCAGUGCAGUUAUAAAAGCCGGGUGAAUGCAGUCACAGCUUUUCUACACACUUCAACAUAACUUUUCUUUCUUCUUCUUAUUUCCUGCACCAGCUGCUUUGAGUGAUGGUGUAACCUUGAGCUGUGCUAAAAUAGAUUCAGGAGUGUUUUGUGAAUUUCUCUACUUGUGUUGUCGUGCAUGAUUACUACAGGUGCUAAUACAUGCUUGGGACCCCUGUAUAUUUUAUAAAUAUAGAUAACUCUUUACUUGAACAGAAGUAUAUAGUGUAUCUGUUCAGACAGCUCACUAAAACUAUUAAGGAUGCUAUCUUGAGCAAAUUAUAACAAUAAUACUUCUACUGACCCCCUUUGUGAAGAAUACACAGAAACAAAGCCACUGGAACUGUCAGGCUAAAUGAGAAGAUGCACAGGCUGUGAUGAUAAGUCAUUUGUUAUCUGAGUAACCCCAGCAGGGACUGUACAAACGGCUACGUUGCCCAUCAUUUGGCGUCUGACUCAACAGCUGCCGGCAAAUGCAAAAGCCCUGUUUACUCAUCAUUUUACAUCAGCUGUCCUCAAACACAGCGUGUUCCCCUCACACAAUCAAACCACGGAAAAGAUAACACGGUGGCCAACGCCCACUGUUAUUGCAGUGUUUUUUGAGUGGAUACAGGCAGGCUGUGUGGGUGUCUGUAGUUAUUCAAUGACUCGUUUCUGUAAAGAAGGUGACAUGUCUUGGCAACCUCAGCUCAACUAGUAAUGAGGUCAUGCUGCUCUGAAGAAUGGCAUAGCAGGAUUAAUUUAGCGCAGGGCUGGGUUUAACUCAGCAAAGGUUAAUGUAACUGAGCAAUUUUUAUCUAAAAAAAAUACUUCCAUCCAUUCAUGCAGACUUGAUCCUAACCCCACUAUCAUGGAUGAGAGGUGCGCUAAACCCUGAACAAAUCACCAUUCCAAGGCACAUCUGAACUUUUAUAUCAUUUUCUUCUUUUGACUGGCCGCUUUAGGAAUAGCUAUAGCAGAUCAUCUGCCUCCAUCCCAGCCUAGCAUCUCAGCCUCACCUCUCUACGUUCGUCUCCAAACCGCUGUCCCUCUGAUAUACUCAUUUCUAAUCUUGUCCAUCCUGGUCACUUCAACAAAAUACUUAGCAUCUCUAACCCUAACCACCACCAGAUAAGCCUCCUGUGUACCAGGUCUUACUCCCAUUGUGUAUAACCAGUUGCCCAUCCCUGUUGCCAAGUGCUGGAUCAUAGUUGGUUGUCUGAUUGUUGUUUUCUAUCGAAUACUGUAGUUUGUAACUUGCAUAAAGCACCUUAAGGCAAGUGUUUUUGUGAAU